CGUCAGUUCCUCUUCGAGAGUAACCAGAGAACGUGCAAGAUGACAGUGUUGUCAAUGCUCCCUACCUUAAGAGAAGCCAUUUUACAUAAUCUGAACUCAGAGCCUCACAGCACUGCUGAAGUACAAGUUUCACCCGAAGUGUCGUGGCUGUGUACAGUACCUGUAUGUUGACUGUUUUACACCGUGUUCAGCUCAAUAUCAUUGGUGGCUACUUAUACAUGGACAAUUCUGUCAGCAAGAAUUGAAUGAUACCUUUGGCCCCUCCGGAUGUGCAACAACAGUACCUCUCCAGCAUCCAGCACCUCCUUGGGGAUGGGUUGAGUGAGAUGAUAACGGCGAUGAAGAAAGCAGAAUACAUUAGGCGGGGUGUCCCUGAAGCAGAGUCUGUCCCUGCAGGAGCUGGAGCAGCACCUGAAUCAGGUCAGAGCCCAGGUGGAGGAGGGGGAUGGGGGCUCCACAUACAGACGUCUCUCCUGGUACAUGAUGCCUGAUGAGGAGAGUACUCUGGCUGCACAGGCCUGUGGUCUGACGGAGAAUGAUAUCACUACCGUAAAGCUGCUCAAUGAGACCAGAGAUGUGCUUGAAAGCCCGGACUUUGGGCUUGACAACAUGGUAGAGUUCUCGGUGGGUCCUAGAGCACAGGAAGACUCCGCCCCCAGCACUACACCUGAUGGACUCUCGCAUUUAAGUCUACCAGUUGCCAAAAUAAUCCAGAUUGUAAAUGGACAGAUCCACUCGAUCUACAGUGAAAAACCAAGUCGCUUUGUACAGGAUCUCCUGAUGAUAGACAAAGUGAAGGAGUUUACUGCCAAUGUGUAUGAGACAUUCAGCACCUCCCAUGAACUGCAGAAAUAAGGAAGUGGACAUAUUACUGGUAGACCUGGACCUCUCAGCCUUCUCUGUAUGUCUGCAUGACACUGUGGACAUAAGAAAUGGAGGAAGAAAUGCACUUAUUCUCUGUACCAAGUCACAAAACUCAAGAGGAUCGGGUCCUUGGAAAGUUACUGUUCCCUGUCCUUGGUGGGAGAAAUGUGUUCCAUUGUGGACUGUAGGGUUGUAAACUGCUGCCUUUACCUGGACACUUCAAGGUCAAAGACCCACUGCAUCUUCUGUCGUUCUGCCCCUGAACAAGGCAGUUAACCCACUGUUCCCCGGUAGGCCGUCAUUGUAAGUAAGAAUUUGUUCUUAACUGACUUGCCUAGUUAAAUAAAGGUUCAAUCUUAAGAACCUGAGUUUUUGUCCUACCUUUACUGAUCUGUUCCCCCAAGGCUUAAAAAGUCAGCCAAACAGCCCUCCAUGAAUCAGGUCAUUUUCCUGUGUCAUUAUAAAGAAAAUCCUGAAAGCCUUAUCCCACUUUACAUAGCUGUUGCUUUGGUACAUUAAAGCUGAAAUCUGCCAAAAGGAGCCACUGACUGCCCCAGGAGCAUUUGUUGUUUUUGUUUUGAGGAAAUGAGCACCCAGCAUUGUAGUGUAAAAAAAAUCUAAGUACUUACUCUGCUGUUCUAUAGCUCGUGCAAUGAUGUUCGAGGGAUUUUUGUUGUUUGAAGUAAAGUCUUUGUUGUAAUAUGUGUUGUUCCACCAAUUAGGUGCCUUUUUGAGUAGUGUAACUUUGCGAGAAACUUUUAGAGAAAAAAGCCAGUUUUACAGUAUUUCACCUAAUUUUAACAUUCUGUAAUAAAGAGCACACAUUCAUCUUAACUAUUUUACAACAUCAACAGGUAAAAGUAAAGACCAUUGUAAGUGCCAAAUAAAGUGACUUCAUCUUAAAUCAGCCAUAAAUCCCCUUGUGGUGGGGUAAUGGAAGCUUGUGUGCAGCAGGAAAGGGCAAUUGAAUUCAAGCAUAAAAUAUUUCUAGCCUGUAUCCAUGGCUAACAGGGUUGACGUGUUAUGCUUGACCCUCGCUGUUUUCCACCACAAAACACCAGGUUUUAUAUAUUUUUUUUAAC